UUGUUAUCUAUUGUUUUGUAACCAAAAAUUCUGAUAAUUUGCAAGAAAUUUUUAUUAAUAUUUUACUACGGAAACUAUUUGAUUUACAGCAGAGCGCGUGCACAUUAUUAAGAAGCACAAAUCGCUAAAUCGGCGCGGUACCACUAACGGAGAAUUAAAAAUUAAUCCAUUAUCAAAAUAAAAAUGCCUUUGGAGGGAGAUCGUGAGCAUACGUUGCAGCAAUUAUCGGAUAUGUUUCGAGGAAUUUCAAUGCAGCGCUUACGUAUUGUUUGUGAAGCUAAUGAUUGGAAUUUGAACACAUGUAUUGAUCAAUUGGUUGAGACAGAGACGGACGAAAUCAAUAAUAGCACGGCUAGUUGUAGUAGUCGUCCUUUAACAACUUCUGGUGCCAUACCAAAAAUCUCACCGCCGCUUAAUAAAGUUCAAAGGUCUUGCAACAGCAUUAACAAUUCAUAUGCCAACUCAAAUAACAGAACUUUAGACGACGAAACCAGCAAAGAAUUAAAAAUAGGCGACCAAAUAAAUUCAGGUUAUCGCAUUAUGAUAAUUAUGCGUGGAGCUCCGGGUUCGGGUAAAACUUAUUUAGCUCAUUUAUUGAUGCAAAAGUAUAUGCCCCAGGUGCCUGAAAAAGAUAUACGCGAUUUUGUAUUAAGCAGCGAUGAUUAUUUUUAUGAUUCCGCCGGACGCUACAAAUACAGUAUUGACCGCCUAGCUGAAGCUCACGAUCAUAAUCAAAGGCGAGCACGCGAAAAGGCAGAAGACGGAUGGAGUCCUAUUAUCGUGGAUAAUACAAAUAUGAAAUUGUGGGAAAUGUUACCUUAUGUUCAAAUUGCUGUAAAAAACGGUUAUUUAGUGGAGCUGCUCGAGCCAAAAACCUCAUGGCAUAAGUCGUCACGUAAACUAGCGAUGUUAAAUAGACAUGAAGUGCCGCGCGAAACCAUCGAACGCAUGCUGGAUAAAUAUGAAAAAGGAAAUACUAGUGAUUUGUUAAAGAUGCUUAAAGAUACGAAAUACACGGUUCCAUUGCCCCAACUACGUUCUUAUCCACCUGUAAUAGUUGCACCGCAGUAUGAAAUUGAAACCGAAGAAAAAUUUCAAAUUUUUAAUAGUGAAUACGUGGAAAAUUCCAAUGAUAACGUGUUGCCAACAAAAAGCAUUUCACCGUGGAAUAAUAGCAGGUCUAUAGAGAACUCUAAUGACUCUACCACAUUAAUGCUAGAGGAUACAGAGUGGAAGCCUUACAAAGAUCCCAGGGAACCUAAAGAGCAACGCAAUAGAGGAUCAAGGGCGUAUCCAUCUUCGUCAUCAACUAUACUCUUUCCACAGAAAACGAGCGAACAAAGAACGUUUAGUGAAGCUUGGAAACCCUCUGAAAAAAAUGCAAAGGGUUUUUGGAGUUCAAAUGAAUCCUCAACGAAAGGUAAAGAAGAACAUGCCAAUGUAAAAGCUGGUAGUGAUAAAACUUUAUUGGACAUAAUUAAGGAAAAUUUCAAUGUGCCUGUAGCCAUGAAUGACGACGACUCUUUGGAGGAGGGCAAACCUGCUACAGUCCUAAGUACAGAUCGUCACAGCGUAGGUUGCCCAAAUGAGAAUUCGGCAUUUGUUGCCUUACGGCAAAUAUAUCCAAAAGAAGAUGUAUCUAGUUUAUGGGAUUUAUUUUUAAAAUGCAGCGGAAACGCAGACUGGGUAGCGAAUUUAUUACUUAAGGAAGAUGAAAUGAUAAGAGUAAAUAGCGAUGAAGAAAACGUUGAUUAUGUGAAUGAUGACGAUUUUAUAUGUUUGUGCAAGAAUUCCAAUGAAAUGUUAAGGGACAGUUCAAAGAAUACAUCCACACCAUUGCAAGAUAAAAAUGUAAUGAGUAAUGAAAAUCUACCAAAACGCCAGAGAAAGCGCAGUCGAUGGUCUCGUUCCAAACAACAUAAUACUUCGUCCUUUCGCGAACUAGAGGAAUUUAUUCAGAAAUCUUUCGUGUUGGAAAGCGAACAUUAUACGGAACAACAGACGUUACAAAUAUAUGACAAUGAAAUGGAUAGGGAAUUUCAGGAGUCACCAAUCAAAGCAAAUUCUAACUUUCAUGAUGUUGAGACUCAGACGGACAUACAAAGCGUAAUAGAAAAUAGUGACGACGAUGAUGAGAGCGACGAAAAAGAGAAAAGCGACAAUAAGGAAAUGCUGGAAAUAACGUUAGGUGAAAAGUUAAUACAACAAUUGAUUGAAUAUUUCCGCCAUGAAACAUCUUCCUUGCUAAAUCAAACGCGCACAAAACUGCCAGUCAACAUGAAUGUGUUUAUGUCACGCUCGCUAGCCAAGCGUUUAUACAUGUUGUGCAUGGAGUCUGUCCAUCACUAUAUAGAAGAAGAACGUCAAAAGAUUAUACGGGAGGACGAAGAGUUUGCUCGACUUUUGAAGAGCCCAAAAUACGCUGAAUGCAAAGAGUCCCCCGCAAAUGUGCGAGAGUUGUUGGAUAUGGAAAUGGCAUUAAUGAUUUUUAAUCAGGAUCGUGAGGACAUACUACAUCAGGAGAAAGAAGGUGAUAAACCUAAGGACCUGGCUACUCAUUUAACGCAAAUGAAACUUUGUGAAACAUUUCCUGACAUUCCACGGGAUACUUUACUGGACAUACUGGGUGCAAACGGUAACAACUACAAUAAGACUGUGUCGAUACUUCAAAGCACCAUGAAUAUAGGUAGCAAAUCCGAUAGACAAAGCUUGCAUACAGUAAACCAAAAACAAGAACGUUUGAUGCAAUGUGCUCGGCGGAAAAAAGAAUUGUUAAAUCAAGAAGUUCAAACUAAUCUCCAAAAACAACAACAAAUAGAUAGCAAAGAGCUCUUCGAUAUUAAAGACGAUAAUAUAAAAGAAACGGUUCUAAGGAAAUUUGAAGAAACUCGAAAUUUGGCUGACCAUCAUAGACAAUUGAAAAAUGAGUGCUACAAGAAAGCCCAGGAAGCGAUCGUAAGAGGUCAAGGUGCUGUUGCGCCUUAUUAUUCUCAAAUAACAGAACUGCAUAAAAAAAAAAUUGAUAUGUACAAUCAAGUAGCGGCCAAUUGCAUUAUGGAAGUUCACAAAUACAACCAAAACAAUCAGGAUCUCUUGGACCUGCAUUAUCUGUACGUUGCCGAAGCCUUGGAAUGUUUAGAUAUAUUCUUGGAUCGUCAUAUCACCGAGUUGCGUUCAUCGUCAGAUUCAUAUAAGAAUGUGUUUAUAAUUACCGGCCGCGGUCUUCACAGUGCCGGCGGCGUAUCAACGAUUAAGAGUAAAGUCAAAGCCCGUUUGCAGGAACGUAAUUUAAAGUGCGUUUAUCUUGAUUUUUUAAGCCAUUAUCUUUGCAUUAUUUUACAAGUAAUUAAUUGCAGGUGGCAUAAUGAAAACGCAGGCCUUUUAAAAGUAAAAAUUUUUCCAGCUUCACGUCACUCAAAGAACUUCUGACAAAUUCCAGUAACUAAUUGAUAAAGUACACUAGCCGCCAUAAAUAUGGAUGCGGCUAUGCGAACAUCCGUUUCGGCCAAGUGCAGUGGAAGCGUAAGUCUGUAAAUAUUUUUGAAAUACACAUUCAUACGUAUGUAUAUAUGGUUCACGACAUCUAAAGUUCGCAUAC